CUUAAUUUCCAUUCCAGUAUGUUCAUCGGCUCCGAGCCUCGUCCCUCCCUUUUCAAAACCUCAUUUUCGUUCCACUUUUUACAGUAACAAAACUCAAAACACGCAUUGGACAUGAUCACCUGAUCCCUUCCUUGUCCAAAAACCAGAUACAUAAUUCUGCUCUGCUGCAUGGAUCAGUGAUCAAACGUUUUGGUUUCUACUCCUCUGAUCGUCAACUUGCAGCCCAAGCUCGAUUCUCCCGCUCGAACUCCACUGAUUUUAGGGGUUUUGACUGCAAAUUGACCAAGAUCAGAUUAGGUUUGAUCAACAUUCCCACAUAGAGAUCACAAUGUGUUUGAUGUGAAGUUAGACUUGGAUUCAGCUGCUUAUUACUGCAUUGAUCGGACACGAGUUGACAAGUGAUUAUCAGGUUUGUGUAAAUGUAAUGGCGAUUAUGUCUGAGAGAAUGAAAAUGAGUGGUAAAGCAAAGGAAGAUCGAUGUACGAAAUUACACAAAGCUACGCCCAAAAGCUCGAAGGUCACAUAUAGAGAUGUUCUUUUAGUACCGUUUAAGAAAAUCCGUAAAGACCUACCUCGCAGAGUCGACCGGUCCCGUUCGCGGCAUUCGAAAAUUUGCUAUACAAGAGCUUUCCUUUUGUCUUUGAGUCAAUUGGAAGUUUGCAAAAGGUUACCGUGUGGAUUCGAUCCAUCAACUUCAUGUGAAUCUAAUGCUUCUUGCACUAGCUUAUUUGACAUGCAAAAAAUACUUCGUACUAGUUUGCUAUCACAUGAAUCUCGGGUUAGUCGAUGUGGUUCAUCUUCUGCUGCUAGAGGUGAUUCUGGCAACUCUUCUCAAGGUUCAGGUGGAAAACAGGAUGGUCAUUCACGGGGAUGGAACAACCAAGACAGAGGCUCAAAAUGUGAUCGUGAUUCAGGCGAUGAAAGCCAUUAUGGUCCUCGUUCUCAAUAUUUCAGGCAAUUUCCUGGAGAUGGACUUUUGGGAAGUCGUACUUCUCCAAAUGUGUUCCAAUGUACAGCUGGUACUUCAGCACCAAAAAUUGAAGCACAACUUCAAUAUGAGCUUAGAAAGAGUGAUAACCCCUAUCCUCUUCCGCGUUCUUACAAGGAAGUACCUAAAGCAGGGGGGGGGAGUGACUCAUAUACCAAAGAAGCACAAAUUUCUGCUGACAGCCUGAACAAGGAGAGAGUAGAGGACAAAAAACCAAAAGGAGGAACUGUGACUUCAAAGCUUGAUGGAUUUCCGAUUUCAGUGGCAGGAGAUAAUAUCCUACAUCUUGGUGAUAAAUAUCAAUCCGCUGUAACCAGUUCUCGAGGCAUUAAAUCUGGAAAUCUUUUUGAAAUAACUCAGGUGGAUAACACUCAGGUGAAUCAGUCUUACGAUGAUGAUUGGGCUGAAAUUGUAUCAAUACUCCUUAAGGAGCAGGAGUCAGAACUCAGUGCUAUACCUGAAAUUGCACCAAAUCUCCCAACAGUGGAAUCAGAGCUCAAUCCGGUACCGGACUCUAAUGAUUCGGCAUCUGAAUACUGUUUGCCUGAUGAGGACAGUUUGAUAUCAUUCGAUGACCUGAUAAUUCCUCAACAUUUUGUUUCUACUUCUGGUGGAAGUUCAUCCAAAGAUUGUAUGUUGCCUUCAAAUGUCAAAACGGAAGUUUCGGACAAGUAUCUGGCUCAAAGUGUUAUGCACUGGGAUGAAAGAUCUACUGUACCUGGAUAUUACGGUGUGACGAGCCUGGAAAACUUAUAUCAUAAUCAACACUCUCAACUAUCUUAUCCACAAUUCUGCCUUCCUCAGACAAAUCCGGGACGGCCAUCUUUCCGAGGAUUAUAUUCUCAUCAAGCUCAGAUGAAUUGCCAAAAAAAGUUCUUGGAUCCAAAGACCACUUGUGGUACUUCACCUCUCGAACCCCAUUUUAAUGCAAGGUGCCGUCCUUCUGGAAGCAAGGCCAAGUCGAAAAAGCCAGAUCUUUUUUCAUGUUAUUCACUGUUGCAGCAGCCAACCGUUUUCCCUCAUUACCAACCAAAUGAACUUUACAUGGCACAAGUGGCUUCUCUUGCACAGGGUUUAAACCGCAUGGAAAUGCGGCCCUCAAUCUAUCAACAACUUAGCCACGAUGGUUUCAGAUUGCCAAAUCCAGAUCCCAGUGGUGGCGCUGGAUACAGCAAUCAAGUGUCGUGCAACAAUUUCACCAAGACAAAUCAGGAGCAAAGCUGCCAUGGCGGGUCUAAACAGCUUGGCCAAGGAUAUUGGUGGGGCCAUUAGAUCAAAAUUGGUUCUGAUAGUUUGGUUAGAUGAUUUCACAUGAAUUUCAUGCUAAGUUUAGAGAUUGAGAUUCGUAUAAAGGUAAGGUUUAGCAAAAGUAUAUAUACGUAUAUAACAACUUCUUCAUUUCAGUUUUAGGAAUGAUAAGAACAAUUGCUUCGAAGCCUUCACUGCGGCUUUCUUCUAGUGUAUACUUUCUUGCUUAUUGUCGUGACCUGGUUUAGGCUUCGUCUUGGCUUUAGUCCCUCAAGUUAACGAAUACUCCCAUUUUGAGUGGUUUAAUUUCAAUACAACACGCCAGUUCCUUUGAAACAGAAAAA